AGUGCCACGACUAUGAGGGCCGGCCUGUGACGGAAAUUCCCAAGCUGGUCCCCGUCGUUGAAUUCGUCUCCGCAACGACUGGAAAUUCUUAUAUUCUACUGUCUUUGGCCUUAAGUAAAGAGAGUUUUCCUUUAUAAAGUCAUAUCGAUGAGUUUUCCAUGUUCCACUUCUCCUUCUUCCUCGAGAUCUAGGAGCUAGGGUUUCUUUGGCUGCGGUUCAGUGCCAAGAUUUUUACGAACAUGGCGUCGCAGGCUCACCUGGAUAAGAUGCAGCUCCGCCAGAACUACCGCAACCUCUGGCACUCUGAUCUCAUGGGCACCAUUCAGGCUGACACUCCAUAUUGCUGCUUUGCGUUUUGGUGUGCGCCAUGUGUAUCAUACUUGCUCCGUAAACGAGCUCUUUACGAUGACAUGUCAAGAUAUGUAUGCUGUGCUGGUUAUAUGCCCUGUAGUGGCAAGUGUGGGGAGAGUAAAUGCCCUGAAUUUUGCCUAGCCACUGAGGUUUUUCUCUGCUUUGGAAAUUCAGUGGCCUCAACCCGGUUUCUAUUACAGGAUGAAUUUAAUAUACAGACAACACAAUGUGACAAUUGCAUCAUUGGUUUCAUGCUCGUCCUACAACAAGUUGCAUGCAUCUUUUCCAUCGUUGCAAUGAUCGUUGGAAGUAGUGAAAUUCAAGAGGCUUCUCAAAUAUUAUCCUGUUUUGCAGACAUGGUGUACUGCACGGUCUGCGCAUGUAUGCAGACACAACACAAGAUCGAAAUGGACAAGCGAGAUGGCAUGUUUGGGUCUGUAAUGGCAGUGCCCCCAAUGCAACAGAUGUCUCGUAUCGACCAGCCAAUUCCUCCCUCCGUUGGAUAUCCACCUCAACCAGCAUAUGGACAGCCCUAUGGUUAUCCUCAGCAGGCUCAAGGCUAUCCUCCUGCUUAUCCUUCCGCUUACCCACCUCAUGGCUAUUCUAGGUGAUCUUGUUACAACAUUACUAGUUGAUUUGCAACCUCAGCCUUAGGCGACUUUUGAGUGUUACGGUUCCAGGUGAUGCCACUAUAUAAAGUUCCACUUUCUAUAUUGACCUGAACAUCUGGUCCAGGCACUUUGUCCUUGAUAAUUUACUUCUACAAGAUUGAUAAGGAUAGAACUUGGCUUCUCAUUGCCCAUUUAUGAAACAAAGGUUUUAAAUAUUUUGCUACUCGUAAACCAGUGUGUAUUGUAAUUUGUCACUAAAACAAUAAUAAAUAAAUAAAAACCCAUAAGUCGAAUAUUCUUAUAUGUUA